AUGAAGACAUUCAUCACUCUACUUGCUUGUGCUAUAUCGGCUCUUGCGGCCAGUCGUACCUCUCCACCCUCUGGUUCCAUUGUAGUAGCAAAGUCUGGAGGUGAUUAUGAAACGAUCAGCGAGGCAGUGGCAGCACUGAGCACAACGUCUACAGCGACCCAGAUCGUCUUCAUUGAGGAGGGCACCUAUGAAGAACAAGUCUACAUCCCUAGUCUUGCCGGUGAGCUUAUCAUAUAUGGAGAGACUGAAGACACGAGUUCGUAUUCAUCGAACUUGGUCACUAUCACAUACGGCCUGUCUGCUACGGAAGCUGGUAGUGACGAUUUGAGUGGCACUCUUCGAAACUACGCCGCAAAGUCCAAGAUAUACAACAUCAAUGUGGCUAACACUUACGGUGAGGGCGCUCAGGCCAUCGCCUUGAGUGCCUACGCAACUGACCAAGGAUACUACGCAUGUCAAUUCACUGGCUACCAGGACACUAUACUGGCAGAGACUGGAAACCAAGUAUACGCUCAAUGUUUAAUCGAAGGUGCAAUUGAUUUCAUAUUCGGCCAAUAUGCCACAGCCUGGUUUGAUGGAUGUGACAUUUCAGUCCUUGCUGCAAGCGAAGGCACAAUCACAGCCAACGGACGUGUAUCAUCAUCCGGCACUUCUUAUUAUGUGAUUACCAACUCAGCCAUUGCCGCUGCCAGUGGUAGCGAUGUUACUGAAGGAUCUUACUAUCUUGGUCGCCCAUGGACCGAAUACGCCCGGGUUGUCUUCCAGUACACGAGCAUGACCGACGUUAUCAAUAGUGCGGGCUGGAUUGAAUGGUCCAGCAGUGAACCAAAUACCGAAGACGUUCUUUUUGGCGAGUACGACAACACCGGUGCUGGAUCGGAGGGUACUCGUGCCAGCUUUGCAACUACGCUCUCAGCGCCAAUAGAAAUUUCUACCAUUCUGGGAGAUGACUACGCGGAUUGGGUCGAUACAAGUUAUCUUUCUUAG